AGAGUUCUUUACAUAUUUAGAGUAGUGAACAAAGAUGGAGAUUCUAACUUUCAUAGCCAUCUGCUAAAUCUUUUGUACUUACUGUUUCUUUUGAGCUGUACUCAAACAAGAAAAGCCUUAGUUCAUUAACACAAGAAAGAACAAAAAAAGUAACAAAAAGAUGGGUGAGGAGCAGCAGAGAAUUCAGAUUCCUAGAGUCAAACUGGGAACUCAAGGACUAGAGGUUUCAAAGUUGGGGUUUGGCUGUAUGGGUCUCACUGGAGGUUACAGUUCUCCAGUCUCUGAAGAAGUUGAGAUAUCGAUUAUCAAGCAUGCAUUCCACAGAAUCACUUUCUUUGAUACAUCUGAUAUCUAUGGACCCAAAACUAAUGAAAUUUUGGUUGGAAAGGCAUUGAAGCAGCUACCAAGAGAGAAGGUACAGUUAGCCACAAAGUUCGGUUUCAAACUGGAUUCAACUGGUAUCAAAAUAAACGGUACACCUGAAUAUGUCCGUGCCUCUAUCGAGGCUAGCCUAAAGUGCCUAGAUGUGGACUAUAUAGAUCUCUACUACCAGCACAGGGUUGACACCAACACUCCUAUAGAGGAUACUAUGUCUGAACUCAAGAAGUUAGUGGAAGAGGGGAAAAUUAAGUACAUAGGUUUAUCUCAAGCUAGCCCUGAAACUAUAAAGAGAGCACAUGCGGUUCAUCCUAUAAGUGCUUUCCAGACGGAGUGGUCGCUGUGGACUCGUGAUAUCGAGGAUGAAAUAGUCCCCCUUUGCAGGGAACUUGGAAUUGGGAUUGUUCCUUAUAGCCUUCUUGGUCGCGGUUUCUUUGGUGGCAAAGGAGUGGUGGAAACUGUGCCUGCAAAUAGUCAUCUGCUAUAUUUCCCAAGGUUUCAAGGAGAAAACUUGGACAAAAACAAGAUGUUGUAUUUGAAAGUGGAGAAGUUGGCUGAGAAGCAUGGAUGUAGCCCUGCACAAUUAGCACUUGCCUGGGUUCUUCAUCAAGGGGAUGAUGUAGCACCGAUUCCCGGAACAACAAAGAUAAAAAAUCUGGAUACUAACAUUGAUUCAGUAAAAGUAAAGCUCACAGCAGAAGAUUUGAAAGAAAUUUCUAAUGUGGUUUCGAUAAAUGAGGUAGCAGGUCAUGUUUUGCCUGAUAGAUUUAGUCAAUUACACUGGAAGUUUGGUAAUACACCACCAAAGGGGAGCAAGGUUUCAACCUGAAAAAACCAUGGAUGCCAAGUCUGCAGCAAAAUAUGAGGUUUUGGAUGAAUGGACUGUCCAACAACUCAAACUAUUGAAAAAUUGUAUCAAUGAUUUAGUAAGCAAUUUGGUUAGAGUACUAAUGAAGGGUUGAGUGAGAGUAGAAGCCUGCAUUACCAAACCAAAACAAAUAAGCAGUUUUGUAUUGUGUUUCUGCCUGUGAUAUGUAGCUAGUAAUCUUCCAAGUUAUAUAGUCUGAAAAUGAACCAGGUUGUUUGUUUAUCACCUGAAUGCUGCUAGUAACAGCAAUAUUAUUGUAUUAGGUUUCUACUACAUGCUUUACUUGUAGAUUCAAUCUAAUAUUCAAGCUAAUGUUGAUAGAAUCUAAUAAUUAAGAAUAUAAUAAUUCUAUUUAAUUUUUUUAAUUUAA